AUGGAAACUUACGAGCCCUUGGAAAUCAUUGGUACAGGAUCGUUCGGACUAAUUCGCAAAAUACUGGCUCGUAAGGAAAUCGAUUAUCGGCGGAUGAAUGACAAAGAAAAACAACAACUUGUAUCGGAAGUUAAUAUUAUUCGCGAACUUAAGCAUCCAAACAUAAAGACAGCAUCUGGCUAUUCUUCACGCAAAUACUGCAAGCACUUCACGAAUGCCAUUGUGGAUAUGGUAGUAGCAAAAAUGAUUCCUCAUCAAAUGAACACACCACAAUUCUCCAUCGCGACAUUAAACCGGAUAAUGGCCAAAUCGCCACCAGCCUUGAUAUGUAAAAUUAAAACGGGUAAAAUUUCACCUUUACCGCCACAGUAUUCGGAGGAGCUAAAUCGAGUCGUAAAAGCGAUGUUAGAAAUUGAUCGUGAAGAUGAACUUAAUUGCAGGGAGGAAGCUUUACGCAUACGUGAAGAAGAAUUAAAUUCUAGAAUAAAACGGCACGAAGAAGAGUUAAAUUCUAGAAUAAAACAGCGUGAAGAAGAGGUAAACUCUAUAGUAAGCCAGCGUGAAGAAGAACUUAAUUACAGGGAAACAGUUUUAUGCGCACGUGAAGAAGAGUUAAAUUCCAGAAUAAAACAGCGUGAUGAAUUUAAUAUGUUACUAGCUGCUAAGGAGGAGGAACUAAGAAAUGGUUUUUCAGAGCUUCAACUUCUAAAGGAACAAUUUGAAGCAGAAGUCAAGCAUCACACCGAGAAGUUUAACAUGGAAGUCGAACGUCAGAGGGAAGAGCUCAAGAUUGAAUUUUUGGAACUUCAACGGAUAAAGGAGGAACAUAAACAAAAAGAGAAUGUGUCCAAUGAGAAUGUGGCAAAUAAAGAAGAGUUAAAGUGUAGCUUUUUGGAGUUUCAACGUCAAAAAAGCGAGUUAAAGAAAACAAGGGACGCAACUUUACGGGAGAACGUGCAAACUAUAAAUAUUGUAGACAGUUCUUGCGAAGUCAAAUCAAAAGAUGGACAACAACAAACUGAAAUCAGAAUUCCUCCGCUAAAGAGAACCCUUUCGGACAUUGGAACCAAGCCAUCCAAAAGAUUCCAACAGGAACUUCAGAAGAACAAACCUAGAAAGCUGAUAUUCCGUACUAUAGAACCCUUGCAAUCUGCUAGUCAGAAUUCUAUAGUCUCGAAUCAGAUCCCACAAAAGAGAUUACGAACGGAGCAGGAAGUUGCUUUAUGGGAUCCGAAUGAUGAUGAUGCGCCGUCGCCCUUUAUCAAAGAAAAAAGGCUGAUAGAAUAUAGACGUUGA